UAUCCAAUCUACUGUUUGACUACAGUGACAUACCCACUAGACCUGACCAAGACCAGACUACAGAUACAGGGGGAACUCUCCAAACAAACCAAACAGAAGGUGCCUUACAGGGGAAUGCUACAAACAGCUCUUGGUGUAGCUCGUGAGGAGGGUGUACUGAAGUUGUGGCAGGGUCUCACACCAGCUGUACAGAGGCACGUGGUAUAUUCUGGCUGCCGUAUGGGUGCGUAUGAGUGGAUACGAGACAACGUACUGGGCAGAGAACCAGACGGAUCCUUUCCUGUAUGGAAAGCGUUAGAUGUACUAGCUGAUUUCUUCUGCCAGCUCAUUCUCAGUAAUUUUUACAAGUUACAGGUACGAGGGACGUGGCACGCUUUUACGAAAAUCUUGGCGGAGGGCGGAAUUCGCGGCCUGUGGAAAGGCUGGGUGCCAAACGUACAACGUGCCGCUCUGGUCAACAUGGGAGAUCUUGCAACUUAUGAUUCAGCCAAGAGAUUCAUUCUCGGCCACUCCUCAUUAUCUGAUGGACCAAUCGUACAUUCCCUUUCAAGUGCCUGUUCAGGGAUUGUGGCAGCUUCCUUAGGCACUCCUGCAGACGUGGUGAAGACUAGGAUAAUGAACCAACCAACAGACAGCAUGGGCAGGGGAACAUUGUAUAGGUCGUCUGUAGACUGCCUUGUUAAAACGGUCAGAAAAGAAGGUGUCAUGGCACUGUAUAAAGGCUUCAUCCCCAUAUGGUCACGAAUGGCCCCCUGGUCACUGACCUUCUGGCUGUCCUAUGAGCAGGUCCGACGGUUGUCAGGGACAACGUCCUUCUGAUGAUUGACAUCUGUCCAUCACAGUCAUGUGACCAGCUGCCAUCAUGCCAACCUUUGUGUUGACUGAUGUUGACACUCUUUUCCUCUACCUCUCAUAGAACUAAUAAGCCAGUUCUGAUGUUGAAUUUUGCGUGACAUGUGAAGCAUUAUGCAUAAUAUAUGUCAAAGUUGAAGCCCCCUGAGACAUAGCCUAGUUACAUCUGGACAUGGUAUCAAGCAUGGCAAAGACAGGUCUUAUUUAUAGCGUCACCUUUGACCUGUUGCAUAUGCAGUUCUAACUGUGAACUUACUUAUUAAAGUAGUGGCUGGUUCUAUAGUCUAUGAGUUAGAUAUUCAUGACAGCCUAACAUGAACUGGCAGAUAUUUCUAAAAUGACAGUUUCAAUGUAAAUAUGGUGACCUUAUCUCAACAUUGAUUUGUCUCCAAUAUCAUAAGAAUUUAUGUUAAUGCAAAGCAUAUCAGAAUAAUGUUGAAUAAUUUUCAAACUGCAUUUCAUUAUGCAUUCCUUUUUUUCCCUUCAAACAGUGCAAUGUUGUAUUUUGCAUUUGAUUAUGGAAGUCUUUUAGUCAACAAAGAAGACACAGAGGAGACGUAGAAAAUUGGCUAACCUUCCGUAUUUGUAUAAAUUUGCCUAAAGGUCCCUAGAACCAUGAUGUCCCACAAAAAAAAGCCUACAUCAUAGUACCUAAACAUGAUCACAAGAUUUAGGGAGUGGGCUAUGAUAAUAGAUUUGUUUCUUCCUGGCCUCUCUUCCUAGACUGUUGUUUAUUAUAUUACUAUGACUGUUAUAUAAAUGCAACUGCUGCCCCCAAAAGGAAAGAGACUGGCAGUUUGAAGACAGGCCUUCCAAACUGUAUAUGUCCAUUAGAUGUGUACGAUUUCAAAAGUUACUGAACACAAGACAUCCCCCCCCCAAAAAAAAAUGCAAGUUUAACCAUUCUAUACUGUCUGUUGUUUUUCAUUUCUUGGAAGCGAGGAUUUGUACAUUGUGUGAAGGACAUGAGUCAUUCCACUAACACAGCUCCUUUUGCCACCACAGGCCCCAUGGUACAUAGUGUUCUGGAUGUCGUAUGAGAAGUUACUACAGGCUGCCGGGUCACAGUCAUUUUGACGGCUUCUCAUCAACAAUAAACUUUUAUAAUACGAAGUAUACAGUACAUGGUUGUAAUUAUUAUAGUAACCACAUGGUUGUAUGUACCUGUAACAGCAUUCAUCUGUCAAUAUUCUGUAUGUAUGUAAGAUUUUUCUGUGAGUUGUUUCACUAUUACUUUUGAUUAGCAUUUUGUAGCAAAUGGAAAUCAAUGUAUUUGGCUGAAAAUCUAGGUAUUUGUCCUAAGUCACUGUUUAAGUGUGAAAUCAGGGUUUACCACAGCUUAAGAUUUAAUGCUCUAGUUUCAGCUCCUGGCGUGAUUUGACCUAAUUUGACGAUAUCUUUUUUUUUUGUCAUAUUAGACAUUAAUUUUGACUGUCAAGAUGACAAAGUGGUCAUGAUUUUUCACUUUGAUAAACACAAAAAUCCUAAAAAAUUACAGAAUAUUGGGGGAAAUUCUUGUUCCCCACUUUAGAAUAGCUGAUUUAUAAUCUGACAUUAACUCUACCAUUGCAUCAGUGUACAUAUUGUGAUGUUGUAAAUUUUGUAUACGUGUCAGUGUUAGUGUAUGGAUUGCAAUCUUGGAUAAGUGCCAAAUUCUAGAUCAAAGUCUCUCAGUAGAGAUAAAUAUCAGGAUCCUUACCAAAGGAAUGGGCCAUUCUGCAUCGGUAGAUUUCCCAAGUGGAGACUGAAUUUUAAGAUCAAUUCACCAAGAAGGUAGAACUUUUCAACUUCGGUUUGUGUCACUUCAGAUUGAUGGAAUGACUAGAAACUCUGGAUUUAUGAAUUGGAAUUCACCCUAACACAUUCCUAAAUGUAGCAUCUCAAUUGGAGUCUCUUAUAGGGAGAAUCAAGGAUACCAGCAGAAUCAAGAAUUCACCCAGAUUGCAAUCUCUGCCCAAAGAUAUACAUGUAUAACGGUAUAUUGUUAGUGCAAUAUUUGCUUCAUGUUGAAGAUGAGUAGUAUGUGAUGUAACAUCAGACUGUAAUACUCAGGGAGGAAAACCCAAGAUCUGUCUGACUGUAUAUCAGUGAUGGAAGAUUGUAAUUACCAAUCAAACUAUAACGCAAACCUGUAUUUUUGUGACACAAAAGUUUGAAUUAUUCCUUUUCCUUGUUCUUACAACACAUGGAUAUCUACAAAACAACUGAGUGUGCCACAAAUGUAUAGUAGAUUGGAAUUAUACAAUUGUAUGUGAAAACAGUCUUUAGAAUAUUGUCAGUUGUAGUAGGGAAGGAAAGUACACACAUUAAAUCACACACCUGAGAUG